UGCUAGGGGGCGGAGCUAGCGUCGACAGCGUCCUGGCGGGAGCGGCGAAGCCGGGCCGGGCCCGGCGGGCGGAGGAGGCGGCGGCGAGGCCGGGGCCGGGCCCGGGCCCGGCGAGCGAUCGAAGCGGCCAUGGAGUUUCCCUUCGACCUCGCACCGGUGCUGGGUGACCGCUUCUGCGUGGUGGACCAACACCUCCGGCCCGCCGGGCGCCGUGGGCCCGCCCACCGGGGGGAUCUGGAGCAGCAGCUGAGGACGGUCAUCGAUGAGCUGGGCAAGGCCUCGGCUAAGGCCCAAGGCCUGCCAGCCCCCGUCACCAGUGCCGCACGAAUGGAGGCCAACCGCCACGUCCUCUACAUCCUCCGCGAUGCCGAUGGCCGGGGGACCCCCAAAGGCGCUGUGGUCGGCUUCCUCAAGGUGGGCUACAAGAAGCUUUUCCUCCUGGACCGUCACGGCGCCCACAAUGAAGCGGAGCCACUUUGCGUCUUGGAUUUUUACAUCCACGAAUCAUUGCAACGACACGGUUACGGACGGCAGCUCUUCCAGCACAUGCUGCAGAGCGAGAGGGUGGAUCCCUGGCGUUUGGCUGUUGAUCGGCCCUCGGAGAAACUCCUGGCAUUUCUCCGCAAACACUACGGCCUUGUCGACGCCAUCCCACAGGUGAACAACUUUGUCAUUUUCGAGGGUUUCUUCUCCAACCGGCCAGCCCCCCCCCGCCGCCCGCCCGCUAAGCGCCCCGAGGAGGAGAUCAAGCCCUACUCGCUGUCGGAACGCGACUUCUUGCGAGAAGAGAUGGAGCCUCCCUGGCCUUUCAACUUGACCUCGGGGCGAGCCGGGGGCUCCCCUGUGCGAGGCAGCCUCCGGCCAUUCCUGCUGCGGCGGGAGGCGCCGGACGGACACACGGACCCCCGGCCGCUGGACGGACGGACGGACGCCCCCCAGCACCGCCGCGCCAGCUCCCUCGGGCGCGCCAGUCACUGAGCCCCACAGCAGCUCUCCCCCACGGCAGGGCCGUGGGGCGCUCGGUGUCUUGCCGGGUGUGGGGCGGGGGGAUGUGGGGGUGCCCCUGGGGGUGCCCGUCCCUGCCCCACAACCUGGCUGGGUGCCAUUUCCUGACCCAUAGCCCCUAUGGGUGCCUGUCCCCACCCCAGUGGGCGUCCGUUCCCGCCCCAUAGCCCCAGUGGGUGCUAGUUCCUGCCCCACAGCUCUGGUGGGUGCCUGUCCCUGCCCCAUAGAUGCCUGUCCCCACCCCACAGCCCCUGUGAGUGCCCAACCCUACCCCAGUGGAGGGGUCCUAGUUCCUGCUCCCCAUAGCCACCGUGGGUGCCUGUCCCUGCCCCACAGACCCAGUGGGUGCCAGUUCUUACUCCAUAGAGCCCCCGUGGGUGCCCGUCCUCACCCCCUGGGUGCCUUUCCCCACCCCACAGCCCCCACUGGGGGGGGGUCCCAGUUCCUGCCCCAUAGCCCCCAUGGGGGCCUGUGCCCCUCCCCACACCCUCUGGGUGCCCGUCCCUGCCCUGUGGUUGCCUGUCCUUGCCCCACA